AUGGGAAGAACUAGUCGUAAAGUCGAAGAACCUGCACCAACAUACGCGGAGAGGCUUGAACGUAUAGAACAAAACAGGGCCUUACUGGCAAAACUCGGUCUUAUUGAUUUUAGUCUUUCACCUCCUAAACCUAAAAGACCGCCAAAGCGUCAAAUUGAUUCGGAAGAAUCUCAACAGGAUGAACAUGCCCGAACACCUUCGCGUAAGAGUCCGAGAAUACAACAAAUGAAACCUAGGUAUAAUCUACGCGCCAAAAGUUAUCAACCUAUUUAUGCCUCAGCUCAAUUACGACGUGUCAUUCGUCCUAAGGGCUCAAAGACCAGAUAUAAAGUAUUAGGAAGAAAUAAUCAAGGACGUAGAUUUUAUGGAGGUAGAAUUUAUGAUUCAGAAUUAGGAUCAACUUGUCACCAAUGUAGACAAAAAACUAUUGAAGAAAAAGUACAAUGCACUAAUGUAUUAGAAAACGGAACGCUCUGUAAAGUGAUGAUGGAUGAACGAUGUUUAGUUGGAAGAUACGGUGAAACACUGGAAGAAGCGCGAAGUUCUGGCGAGUGGAAUUGUCCGAAAUGUCGAGGUGUAUGCAAUUGUUCAUUUUGUCGAAGAAAAAAAGGCCUUCCUGCAACAGGAAUUUUGAAACAUCUCGCCUUAGCAAAAGGCUAUAAUUCUGUUAUGGAAUAUUUGGGUGAUGCUUAG